UAAGUCCAAACAUUGCAUCGCCUAUUGAGCUCCACCUUAUAGGAGAGGUAGUGUGUGCCCGUCAGGCAAAUUGUCCUUUACAGUCUAGUUUCGUGCAUAGAAUCAUGACGGAUGGAGAGGUGGUUUCCUUAACCGCUAAACCCGAGUUAUUCGGGGAUAGCCUGCAAGACUACAGGAGGCUGACUCGUCUGUAUUGCAUGAAUGGCGGACACCACCUUCAGAUUCUCGCUGAUGGGACAGUCCAAGGCAAGAGGGAUGAGGAUGACGCCCAUACUGUUUUAAGGCUGAAAGCUGUGGACCAUGGGGUUGUAGUGAUCCAAGGAAUGGAGGCAGAGCGAUAUUUGGCCAUGAACAGUGAGGGGCGGUUGCAUAGUUCACCUACAGUAACUGACGAAUGUUACUUCCUGGAGAAGGUGGAGGAAAACCACUACAACACAUAUCAGGCUCAGAAGUAUGAGGAGAGGAGCUGGUAUGUGGCACUGAAAAAGAACGGAAACCCAAAACCGGGUCCAAAAACCCAUAUUGGACAGAAGGCCAUUUUCUUCCUGCCGCGUCGACUGGAUCACACCGUGGAGUGAUGGUGGUAAACGCACACUCCAUCUCAACACUAGCAACCAAGGAAUACAUUCAGGUGAUAGCUCAUCCAUAAUUCAUCGUCCUCUGUACCAUGUAAACCACAAGUAAAUCCUGAGUAACAGAUAUUGCCUUUAGUGCCUGGUUUGCAAUGCCUCAACUCAGAUGCAAGCAUCUACUGAUUAAUAAAAUCACCUUAAAUAGCCAUUCUAUUAUUAAUUAUGGUUUCUUGUGAAUACAAUGUAUGAUGUAGCAUUACUGUUCAAAUGUGACAUGCAUAUUUUACUGUAAUAUUUGUCCCCCCGCCCGCCAUAUACCCUGUAAUUCAAUGCAGAUGCAGGAUAUAUAAUUGCACAAAUGUGAAAUAAAUACAUCCAUACAGACUCAU